AUGUCCCCAUUUUUGGAUAUUUGGCCCGUGUUUUGCCUUACUUUGUCCAGAUUUCUUGCACUAAAGAGGUUGAGCGGUAUGAAGUAGGAUUUUGUGUAAGCAUGCCAAAAGCACGACAGUCAAAAUAAGCAGGUUUAAGUAUGAGAAUGGAAAGCGAAACUUAACCCUAGAACAGAAAGCAGAAGAUGCAAAGGCUACGAGGCUGCUCUUCACUUGUAGGCAGGAUCAAGAUUGAUGACUCAGUCACUGUGACAAUAAUCAAGCCAGGCUUUUUAUAACCACUACGUUGACAGAAGGCGUUGAGAAUGCACCCAUUUCCCUGUCAAGCACUGUAGUAUAACUCCGCCAGUGUCUGUUACGGGAAGUGUUUGAGAACUGGUGGAAUUAUCAGCGAGAAAGAGGAAAGCUCAGCUUCCACAGAACUCCAUUAAGUGAAUCGAAACUGAGUUAAUGUUGUCAAAACACAAAAAAAAAAAACUGAAAGGGCGCACAAAAGUAACUGACAGGGCGCUACAGGACAUCUGCAUUCUCCCUUCUGAGGUUUAGUGAAGCUUUGUGAUGGAAGCAACUUGUCUAAUUGAGUUCACAUCUUCGGGUACUCUGAACAUAAACCAGACAGCUCUGUGUUUUCUAAAAACAGUUCAGCAGCCUCUGCAGGUUGUUUCAAUAUUUGGUCCUAAAGGAACUGGGAAAUCCUUCUUAAUGAACAAGAUAGCUGGAAUCCCACGAGGGUUCCCGCUGUCAUUACCUGGAUGUCCACAUGUAGAAGGGAUGUGGAUGUUGUGUCUCCCUCAUCCAAGCCUAAAUGGACACCAUCUGCUAUUGUUGGAUGUUGAGGGAUUUGAUCCUGAACAGGGUGACAAGAGGAAAGAAACUACAUUAUUCAUCCUUGCUGUGCUGCUCAGCAAUGUGUUUAUAUACAACACACAGGGAGAAGCGACAGGGGAAGAGCUGCAGAAACUGAUUCAUAUUAAAGAGCUUCCACAUCUGGUUAAUGCAACAUCUAAUGAAGAUCCAUACAUAGCUUUUCUGUCCGACCAUCUUCCUGAUUUUGUGUGGUGUGUUCGAGAUGCAGCUCUUGAACUGGAAGUGGAGGAAACAAUGGCACUGGAGAAUUGCAUUGAAGAUAUCUUGAUGACGGAUAAUGGUGCUGAUGACUCUCCAGUUGGAUUAAUAAAUAAACUGUUUUCACACAUAAACCUUUUUGAGAUCUGUGAACCAUUCCCUGGGUUUAGAAACCUCAACCCUGAAUUAGUGCCUGAUACACAGCUUAGAUUUAUUUUCAAGAAACAGAUACAGAAACUACAACAGUUUAUUUUUGACAGAAGACCAACAACCAUGAAUGACAGAAGAAAUAGUAAUGGCCAAAUUCUGGCUUCUUUGAUGGUAUCCUUUACCAACAAACUGUCAUCAGGGGAUAUUGUUAUCCUUAAAGAGGUAUUUGAACAGGGGAUCAUAGAAGAGGAAAGAAAACAUCUGGACUACCCAGACCGUAAUUUCCAGAUUAAUACCUUCAAAAAUGAAGAUGAACGAACGUGUACGUUGCUUCCAUCUGACCAGGAUGGAACUGGGCUUUCAAACUGGGAAACAGGGUAUCAGAGGAAAGAAGAGUUCAACUGUAUGGAAUCUUCUCAUCACUCAUCAAAGGUUAGAGGCAGUUUAACAAAUAUUUCAUCUGCACCCUUCAGCAUGGAAAACCCAAUCUGUCUUAUUGACAGUGACAGCUCUGGGGAGCUACAUGUGAACCAGGAAGCUCUGAAAAUCCUCUUAGAGGUGCAACAUCCUGUGGUGGUGGUUGCCAUUGUGGGAUUGUACCGUACUGGGAAAUCCUAUCUCAUGAAUAAACUAGCUGGAAAACAGAAAGGAUUUUCCAUGGGCUCAACAGUGGAAUCACAUACCAAGGGAAUCUGGAUGUGGUGUGUUCCACAUCCUCUCAAACAUGAUCACACCCUCAUUCUACUUGAUACAGAGGGACUUGGAGAUGUGGAGAAGGGUGAUGACAAGCAUGACUGCUGGAUUUUUGCCCUGGCUGUUCUACUGAGCAGCAUGUUUGUGUACAACAGUUUGGGCACAAUUGACCAGAAUGCCUUGGAUAAGCUACACUAUGUCACAGAGUUGACCGAACACAUAAAAGUGAAAUCAUCUCUUAACAAUGAAAGUGAUUCUUGUCUAUUUGCUCGAUUCUUCCCUGCUUUUAUUUGGACAGUGCGUGAUUUCAGUUUGAAGCUGAAGUGGAAGAAGCAGCUUAUCACAGAGGAUGAAUACCUGGAACAUGCUCUCAAAUUACGACCAGGUUCCAGUAAAAAAGUACAAGAUUACAACUCUACAAGAGAGUGCAUCAGAAAUUACUUUCCUAGCCGAAAGUGUUUUGUAUUUGAACGACCUACAUCUAAAACAGAGGAACUGCAGAAUUUAGAGGAACUAACAGAGGAUUGUCUUGAACCAGUGUUUGUAAAACAAGUACAGACAUUCUGCCAGCAUGUUUUUGAGACCUCAAAAGCCAAAACUUUACAGGGUGGCCACACUGUAACAGGAAGAUUACUUGGCAACCUGGCUGUAACCUAUGUAGAUACAAUUCGUACUGGAACCAUUCCCUGCCUAGAGAAUGCAGUCCUUUUGCUUUCACAGACUGAAAACUCUGUAGCAGUGAAGCAGGCCGUUGAGCAUUAUGAGAUGAAGAUGAAAUGUAUGAUACUCCCUACUGACACAAUUGGGAACUUCUUAGAGUUGCAUGCUGUCUGUGAAAAAGAGGCAAUUCAAAUUUUUAUGAACCGAUCCUUUAAGGAUGAUGAAAGGAAGCACCAGCAACAACUUAUGAAUAUGAUAAAGCAGAGCUUUGAGAGGUUCCACCAGAAAAAUGAGAAGGAGUCAACAGACAGAUGUACAACAGUAAUCGUGCAUGUAAGCCAGGAGCUGGAGGACCAAAUGACUGAGGGAUACUACUUCAAGCCAGGGGGGUACAGCUGUUUCAGGAAAGAUCUGAUGGACAUUGUUGAGGCAUACAAGGCUUUUCCAGGAAAAGGAAUAAAGGCAGAUGAAGUGCUGAAGGCAUUUAUGCAAGAAAAGGAAGUAAUUGCUCGGGCUGUUCUACAGACUGAUGUAACAUGCACAGAGAAGGAAAAACAGAUUGAAGAUGAGCGACUUAAAAGAGAGGCUGCAGAGCUACAGAGGAUAGCAAUGGAAAAGAAAAGUGCAGAUGUGCAGCAGAUGGUGUUAAACCAACAAAAGAGCUAUGAAGAAAAUGUACGACAAUUAAAAAUAAAGCUGGAGGAAGACAGGAGAAGCCUUCUGGAAGAGCUGGAGAGAGUUAUUGAUCAAAAACUAAAAGAACAAGCCUUGCUGAAAGACGAAUUUCAUGAGAAAGCUGAGAAACUGGAAGCACAGAUUUUGUCUCUUCAGAAAGAAAAGAAGGCAGCCAAGUCAACUUCCUUUUUAUCUAUAGCAAUUAAUGCUCUUGGAAUUAUUGCUUCUCUUGUGCUCCCAGGUCCAGAAGGAAAGAUUAUAGGAGUUGGUGCCAAAAUCCUCUCUCAAAUUGUGUGAAAAGGAUUUUUUCUUGUCAUAAGUUUGCUGUUGCUGAAAGUUAUCUGCAUAAGUAUGACACCACUGGUACAGUGAACAAGAGUGUUCCAUUUAUUUCUGAAAUUCACUGUAAUAGUUCAACUUACCUGGGUAUUGCUGAUUUCCAGUGGGGCACAAUGAGUAACAGGGGAGAAGGGAGUGUUUAUGAAAAACAUUCAUAAUUCUUGAUCUUGUGACUAGUGUCCUGUUGUAGGCUGUCACCUUGGGAAACAGGAUUGACCUACCUUUCACCUUGAAUGGGAAGCUGGUGUGCUCUGGCAGACAAUGACUGGGUUACAGGAUCCUCACCCUGCCUCAUGCUUAAGUGUAUCCAGGAUGGGGGGGGGGGGGCACUUGGUGUGCAUACCCCUUAGGAUCAGCCAGAGUCUUUCAGGAGGAGGAGCAAAUGGUCCACCUAAGAGCUGGUAUCAGGGGAAAAUGGGUCAGUCACAUAGGCUGAAUAAAAAUAAGUUAAAAAAUAAUAAUUGUAAUUAUGUAGCAGCACCUAAGUGGUAAAAAGAUAAUCAUGCAAAAAAUGUACGGAGUCAGUGAAGAGAGCACAACAGUGCCAACUAAAAAGUUAGUUAAGCAUAUUUUGCCAGUGUCUUAUAAUAAUGUGAAUGCAACUAGAACAGUAAGGAGAUGCACAGAAAGGAUGCAUGCAACACAUGCAGAAGGAAGAUUCAGGCAGUAGAUCAGUGUGCUUUGUUAACAGGAAGGGAUAGUAAGAAAUGAGCAUAGAUUCAGUAUGGCCAGAGAAAAUUGUCAUGCUUGUAUAUAUACUGAAUAAGUGGGUAAGCUACAGUUCAUAUAGUUGUUGUUGUUGUGUCUUUCGGCUUUUCCCGGUUAGGGGUCGCCACAGCGGAACUCCGGUCCGCUAAUGAUUGGCAGUAGAUUUUUACGUGCCGAGUUGCCGGCCCUGACGCACAACCUUCAACGAAGGUACACCCAUUCACGCAUGUCUCCACACAGAAGACACUCUAGCUGAGAAUCGAACAGGACAAUGUCUUACAGUUCAUAUAGUGGGAGUUGGAAACUACACCUUGCAGUAUUGUUGGCACAGGAGCUGGGAAACUGCAAGUAACCUUGUUAAUGGUACAGAUGCUACGUAACUGCAGCUGGCCCAGAUGCUAGUACAUGAGCUACAAACCUGUAACUGGCAGUGUUGCUGGUACAUACACCUUGUGGUACUGUAACUGGCAGCAAAACUGACAGAACCAUUAUGGAAAACUAUAACUGACAGUAUAGCUGCAUAAGUAGCAUAUGAAACUGAUAGUUUACAACCCAAACUGAACAGGUGCCAUGUGCAAUUCAGACUUGGGGAAUGACAUCCUGGAGAAGAGACCAGAAUGGCACUUUAGAAAAGGAAGGCAUACUGCUCAACUUUCUCUAAUUUUGCAUCAUAUUUUUGCCCUGUCUCUUAAUUUUUCUUUGAUUUUCUUGUAAUUUGCUGAAGAUUACAGUUAAUCAAUAAUGCCAGACAUUAGAAGUUUCAUAGUUAUUGUUCAGAAAACCAAUUUCUGUAUUAGCUUAAGUGAAUUGGAGUAAUAAUUAAAAUUUGUCCCUGAUUUGGGGCUUUUGAAACCCCCACCAUCACCACCGCAACCACCGACAGUACUGUUACAAGCAUGGAUUUGUUUGCUCCACCCCCCACUGGCCCACUUAUUCUUUUUCCAGUACUCCUUUUGGAUGAUUUCUGUUUGGCUACCUUUUAGAGACCUCUUACUCCCAUACUUUUAAGAGUUGUUGAUAUAAAUGAUGAGACACAAAAUACUGUUCAUCAAAAAGUGCAGCAAAAGAAUUAAAAUGAAUACACUAGUGACUUGAAUGCUGGCACAGUCAGUAAACUGUCUGAGAACAACCCUUGUUGCAGCAAGCUAAAUACUUGUUGAAGCAGAGGAGGGAGGGCCUAACUGUAAUUAUUAUAAUGCCACAAACAAGCCAGCUCCCACAGUAAAAACUCCAAAAAAUCACAAAGCCAAAUAACUGAAUAAAUAAAAAAACAGGAGGAGGUAACACGAAGCGAUAGGCAAACUCCAAAAAAAUAGGUCUCAUGGGGGUUUCUCCAUUCAUUUAUGGAUCUUUGGUAACCCAUACAAAAUGGGUGCCACUGGACAGGGAACAGGAAAAUAAUUAAAUGUAUCAAAAUCAGUAUCUGUCAUUGCCUGUAGGUCAAAGAUCGAAACGUUUAUAUUACUUAUCAUUCUCUUCACUUUCAUUGUAGAUAUUUCCUUAGAAGCAUGACGAUCAGAUGGAAUAGCAUACGUUGUUUCCAAAUAAUCAGCCAUAUUCAUUAAAACAAUUGCCUCUCCCUUGUCUGCUUUUUUAAUUAUAUCAUCAUUAUCCUCCAGUCACCGUAACACCUUACAAUUACUUAAAAUUUUUUUAUUUAUUCAGUUAUUUGGCUUUGUGAUUUUUUGAAACAAAUGAAUAUGUUUAUACCAUAUAGCCACCCUGUAGUCAGUGCAUUUUUAUGAUCUUUGUGAAUUAUAAUUAUAUAGAUAUUACAUUGAUGGAAAGAGUUUUAGGAAGUAUUAUAACAUCUGUUGAGGAACGUAAGGGGAAUUCUUUGAACCAAUGUCAGUUUCUGUUUUUGUGCUUUUGAUGUAACUUUCUUUGCAUGCCACUCCAUAUUGAAGUCUUAGUCAAAUUCAUGUAAACAAAGUUAAUACAUCAGACCACGUGUGAAAGGGUUCAUAAGUAACGGUUACUGUCAACAUAUAAUCUAGUUAUCUCCCUUAACCCAUGUGGCUUUUUUGUAGACAGAACUACCUCAAUUAAGGUUUUGACACAGAAUUUUGAAAAUAAUACACUUCACUAUCAUUAUAAAAUUUGACAGAAGUUGCAACCAAACCUUCCUUUCAUCAGAGAUUAGUAUAAAGGACUUCAUUGUUUGCAUGUUAGUGUAGCAUAUUCUUUUAUCAUGGCUCCUGCAGAUCACUAAUAAUUUCAUUAAACAGAAGACAUUCCAGCACUGAUCUUGCUCCAUCAGCCAUGGUAUACUUAUUUGGUGCUGACCCACUUGUGUAACACAAGGCUGGAUCUCAAAAGAUCCAAGCAGCACGGAGUAGGCUGCAUGCAUGCCCAGAAAAAACAGCUGGCCUGAUCUGCUGACAUUGACAGAUGAGGCAGUGGCAUGAGUGAGCCAUGCAGAAGAAGGUUAUUCGGCCAUACAAUCAGAAGCAGUAUAAAUAUCCAACAUCUGUGUAAACUAUCAUGUGAGCGAUCAGUGUAUGAUCAAUGUGUGAUUUGCACUAAGAGAACAUAAUUCAGUUCCACAACAUUUGGUGCAAAUGAAUUAUUUUUACAUAUUCACAUUGUUGUACAUUAAAUUUGUUGGACUAGUAUAUUGGAGUGCAACCAUAUCAUCUUCUUCUGGCUUUUCCCGGUUAGGGGUCGCCACAGCGGAUCACCUGUCCACUCAUGAUUGGCAGUGGAGUUUUACAGUGUCGAGUUGCCAGCCCG